AUCUACCCUCUGCUCUUAGAGGCCCAGUCGGUUGUUCCUCACCAUUCAUUCUCGCAACUACCACCAUGCCGCCCGUCGUUGAGCUUCGCUUGGAAUUUGACAAUGAAGGCGCGGUCUACUUCGCGCCGCGGGUCAUCGAGAUACUCAAUUCGACGCUGCCCGUCGACGGAGCAAAGACGCCCGUCGAAGCCGCCGCCGCACUUGAUGCCCUGUUCGAUGAGAACUACUCCGCAGAAGCCGAUGAUAGCGCAGAGGGUUUCCUGUGGUGGUUCUGGACCUUGAUGCACGACCUGUCGCGCCAAGUGCCACACAACAGCCCGGAGGCUGAGAGGCUGGCGAGCACGCUUAAGGCGCUGCACGAUCUGCCAACCAAAUCCGUGAAGCUCGGCAAGUCAUGGGGCGGUGGAACCCUGGAGCAGUGGCGAGACAUGCCCUUUUUCGGCCCCUCCUACCGCGAGGCCCUCGACGAUGACCCCGGAGCAGCAGAUGAAGAAGGCAGGAAGCAGCGGUUCGUGAACCUGCAGAGUUACGCGGCGAGAGCGGCGGGUCUGGGAGUCAUCGAGGUGGAGGGAUGGUGCUUGUGGGCGCUGUGGACGCUGGUCGAGGCGCUCGAGGGCUCCAUGACGCCGGUCAGAGGUGCUCCGGAUGAGAUCAACGACGAUCCAGCUGCUGUGCAGGGCUACAUGGUGAAGAGCGCCGCGGCAUGGAUCAUCUUCGCCGGCAAUCGUCUGUAUGGACGAGACGAGGAGGUCGUUGGUGCCUCAGCCGGUCCACUCUGGAGACUCUGCAAGGAGGAAGCAGUCAAGUCGAAGAGGAAGACGAAAGGAACAGAUGGGUUUUGCCCGGAGCGCUGGAAUCUGUGGAAGCAGAGGUUCGCUCGGAUAAGGGACACGGAGAAAUUAGAGGCAGAUGUUCGGAGCGAGGCGGGCUGUGCGGUCACUGCAAUGGAGGCGGCGGAGAAAUUUCAUACUCCUAGCUAGGGAGUAAACUGGAAAGGUCAAACACGGAUGAAGAAAUGUCAGCAAAUGCCUCUGAUGCUUGCUCGUUGGUACUAUAGUAUAUUGCGAUAAAAAUACCAGCGUCAUGUCGAAAUUGUCAAAUAAGAAUAGUAUCUGCUCGGCAAAACUUACAUACAUGUAAGCGAGUUCUAAGUAAAUGAGGAAAGGCAGCGGAUGCGUAUUUACUUUUGACGAAUGCGCGUUGAGUCUCUUGUGUCAGAGUUAAGUUAGCGGACUUAGGGUACAUUGGUUUAGACAAUUUGGGUUUGUAUAAUUACUCCAUGUCAUAUGCGUAGUAUAAAUAAUGAUAUAUA